AAGAGGAGGCGGAGGGGAGGAGGCUAGGGUUUUAUUAUUAGGAUGCCGAGUUUUAACGCGCAGCAGAAGCAGAGGCGAGCUGCGAUCGCGGAGCAGAAGAGAGCGAGAUACGGCGAUCCCAUCACCAAAAAGCUUAAGCAGAAAACUCAACCCCUUUCAAUCUCCGGCAAGCGCCAGCGCAAGCUCUUCAAAAAAUGGCGCAGGGAGCAAAAGGAGGCUAUUGGGAAAGGUUUAAUCACUAUGGAAGAUGUUGAAAUGGCUGUUGCUGAUGGGAAAGCUGGAGGUGCCAAUAAGAACCCAAUGAGUUUCCAUUUAAAGAAGAGCUCAAAACUCAAAGUGAAGCAGCUCAAGAAAAAGAAUAAAAAGAAAGGGAAGAGCAAAACAGAAUCCCAGAAAGAAACUGCAGGAACUUCUGGGGAUGCAAUGGAAGAGUGAAGGGGAAAAGCAGAAUGUGGGGUUUAUUAUAAAUUUUUUGUACAAGCUACUAGCACACCUACAUAGUUUGACAAUGCAAUGUUGUUCUUUUGAACUUCUGAUUCACUUCUAUGUAUCCUAUUCUCUUCAUUAAAACUCUGCAAUUAUGUGUGAUAAUGAGUGAAUGAAAAUGCUACUCAUGAUUCCACUGGUUCUAUGGUUUUUCAUAGUGUGUGUUUGUUUCAACUCCAAUUAGUUGGUUCUGCUUUAGAGGAACAUAAAACAAAAUUUGUUAAUUUUA